CAUCAUCUUUUAUUUCUUUUAUUACCUGUCACAUAUGGUACAUUUCCUCUCCUUUGGUUUAUCCAUUAUUGCCUCAUUGGUUUUAUCCUCUACGGUGACUGCUGGUCCCACUUGCAACGUCGCGAAAAGUAGUUCUGACGAUGCCAUUACGAUUGCGCAAGCUUUUAAUAACUGUAAGAAUGGCGGUACGGUGAAUUUCCCCAAGGGAACAACGUACUACAUCAAGACACCUGUGGAUGUUCAAGGGUUAAGUCAUGUCACUGUCAAUUUCCAAGGACAGAUUGUGUUACCCGUGUUCAACAAGAGUUUCAAGGGAGGAAAUGCCUAUAUUUCAAUCAAGGGGGAUCAUAUUAAUUGCUCUGGUGGGGGUACAAUUGUGGGUAACGGACAGACGUGGUGGGAUAUCAAAGACACAACAGCACCAACCGUACUUCGUAUCGGUGCUACGAAUUCUGAUUUCGGUAACUUUAAUAUUCUCAAUUCCCCUAGAGCACAUUUGGGUAUGACGAAUUGUGAUAAUGUGGUGCUUCAUAAUGUGUACUUGAAGACGGUUUCGACCAACAGUAAUUUGGCCAAGAAUACGGAUGCCUUGGAUGUGUCAUCUUCAAAGAACAUUAUUUUUAAGGACUCGAACUUGUUUGUGGGUGAUGAUUGUACUGCUAUCAAUGGUGGUGUGACGAACAUGACGAUUUCUAAUGUUCAUUGUACUGGUGGUCAUGGUUUCAGUGUCGGUAGUCUUGGUAAAGGAGGAGCUACUGAGUACGUGAAAGAUAUUUCUGUUGUUAACAGUGUCUGUACCAACUGUCAAAAUGGUCUCAGAAUCAAGACAUGGAGUGGUGGAAAGGGAGCAGUUCAAAAUGUAAAGUUCAACAAUGUCCAACUCAUUAAUGCCGAUAACCCUAUUGUUGUUACUACACAUUAUUGUGAUCAAAACCAAAUGGCAUACUGUCAAAAGAGUGAUAGCACUUCUUUAUCCAUUACUGGCGUUACUAUUAGUGGUAUUACUGGAUCUGUCUCAUCUGCUAACCAACCUAUUGUCAACAUCAAUUGUUCUUCUGGAGCUCAUUGCAGUGGUUUUUCAAUCUCUGGUGUUACUGUCAACAAGGCAGCUAGAACCCCCAAAAAUAUUUGUACCUAUCUUGAUAACUCUAGCAAGAUUGGUGUUUGUAGUCAAUAGAAUGGCCUGCGUCCAAUUUAACAUUGUUUUUUUUUUGAAAAAUAAAGAAAUUUCUUCUAUUUUAUUAUUAAAAAA